UUCUCUCGUUACUCUCGUAGGCAGAAAAAACCAAUGAAAAUUUUCGCAAUCAAAGUAGCCGUAGAGCAACCAAUGCCCGCUGAAAACGGAGCUCCUCUUACACGUCUCAGUGCACAUGGAGAUGGAAAGAGAGAAAAUAUUUCUACCUUGUGUGAAUCUGAUUGUCCAUUUCGGAUAAGAGAGGAUUUGGUAGAAAUCUUCUUUUUAUCUGUUAAUUGAGAAGGGGAUUUUGCAAUUUUUUCUUUUGAACUGCGAGGAAUUAAUUAAUGUGUUGAUCCAUCAUAUUUCGUUGCUUGGGAUUUGCAAUUGUUGUUAUUUAUCUGGGUCUGGGAAGUGCAACGAAAUAUGGUGUGGCCUCCACAUAUCAAUCAUGGAAUGUCUUCAAGGUUGAUUGCGGUUGCAAUUGACAGGGAUAAAGGAAGCCAAAUUUCUCUGAAAUGGACUGUUGAAAAUCUUGUUGCCAAAGGUCAGACCCUAAUUAUGAUCCAUGUUAAAGCAAAACAGAGUUCACCAUUUUUUGCUACGUCCGCAUCUCUUCCUUUGCCAAGGCCUAACCAGAUUUCUGAUAUGGAUGAUAAUGGGUCGACUAAUGGGGAAUCUGCUGCACAAACAAAGGCAUUGUUCCUUCCUUUCCAUGUAUACUGUGCAAGGAAAGAUGCAAAGGCUUUGAGUUCAGGUAGGCCGCUGCCUCUGUGAAAACUAUGCACCUGUAAGGCCUUUGUUAAAGUCGGAAUUCAAAAUAAAUAAAUGUGUCCUCAACAGUGAGGAUACUGGAUAUCCUCUAAUUGAUCUGGAAAGAACAUAAAAAGGGAAAAUCCUUUACCAGACGAGCAUUUCUUUAGUUUCUUAUUCAUGCUUUACAUUCUAAUGCU